AUGCAGCCGAAGCUCCGCGAAGCUCUGUCGGACGCGGAUGCGCUCAAGGAGGAGAACGAUGCUGUGAACUGUAUGCGGCGCUUCCUUCACCCGACGGUGGAAACGCAGAUUGCAAACCAGAACGCGCAUGACUCGUGGGCAACACUCUACGCGCUGUACGGAAGCGGGGGUAGCAUCAAGAUCAACGACAUGUACCGCGCUCUGAGUCGCAUGAGGUUCGGCGAGAAGAAGGACGAGUCCAUGGACCAGUUUGCCACCCACUGGAACAUGACGAUGCAGCAUUUUGAGCAGGCGACGGGAAGCGAGUUCCCCGCCUCGGUCAGAUCUGCCAUGUUCGAGGACGCACUGCCUACGUCGUGGCAAUCGCUCGUGGCUGGUUGGCAGGGCACUCGACCGAUCACGCCGUACUCCGAAUUACUUGGGAAGGUGUUGGCGGAAGGCUAG